CCAAUACAAGACGGCAUGCUCUCCAGAGCCUUUGCCUACCUGCAAGAGACCCUGAACCGAAUCGAAUACGAUGGGCAACUGCGAUUAGCUUUCGGCAUCGCCUAGACUAAUUGAGUUGGAUGAGUUAUGUAAUAGGCCACUUUUUUCCGUACCACUGAUUUCACAGUACCGACUGGCGGUGGUAUCCUGUCUGGUAUUGUCCUGUUGGUAAAUUCCCAGUAACACCCUUAGUAGAAAACCUUGCCUGCUUAUUCACCAGAGAUUUAUGAACAAUAAUAAAAUUUACCAUUGAAGUUAUGAAGAAAGACUUUCUAUGCUGAAGCCCUGGAGAUGCCUCUAUUAUAGCCCCAUAAUUGUCUUAUCUUAUCAGGUAUUUUCCAGUUCUCGGACUCCACUAAAAUUUCUCAAUUCAAUUCCUUCAGCAAACCUCAAUAACUUUGUCACCCCCACCAUCAUCGCUACGAAUUAUCGCCAUAUUUGGAGACACUUCGACGCUCUUACUUCCUAGACACCUCCCUAAUAUCGUCACGGUCUAAUCUCCCACACCGACGCCAUGUCGUCGAUCCGAAACGCCGUCCAGCGGCGCGUCCACAAGGAGCGGUCGCAACCACAAGAGCGACAACGCCUCGGUUUACUCGAGAAGCACAAGGACUACUCCCUCCGCGCCAAAGACUUCAACAAGAAAAAAGCCCAACUCCGCGCUCUACGCCGCAAAGCCGCCGAUCGCAACGAAGAUGAAUUCUACUUCGGCAUGAUGUCGCGCCGGGGCCCCGGGAACGCGUUAUCCCAGGGCCGUCGAUGGAAGGGUACCGUGGACGGCGAUCGGGGAACGUCGAGGGUUAUGGACUUGAAUACGGUGCGCUUGUUGAAGACCCAAGAUAUUGGGUAUAUACGCACGGUCCGUAGUGCUGCGCUGAAAAAAGUGAAGGCGCUUGAAGAACGAGUACUUGCGUUGGGCGGAAGUUUGGAUGCGGCGGAUGAUUUGGAGGAUGAUGAUGAGUGGGAGGGGUUUGAGGGGAAGGCGAUUAAGCCGAAGAAGACUGUGUUCGCCGAGGGCGUGGAGGAGCGUGAUGAGGUGUUACAACGGCAGACGCCGAAAGAUGUGGAUGCUGGGGAGGACCUUGAUAUGGACGAUGACGAUGAUGACAAGAAGAAAGACCCGAGAACACUACGUGCUGAGCAACGGCAGAAAUUACUUGCGAAAUUGCAAAGGAGGUUGCAGAAUGCGAGGAAGAAGGUUAAGAUCCUUACGCGGACCGAGCACGAAUUGGAAUCGCAGCGAACGAAUAUGGCUAAGACGACGACAUCACGGAAUGGAGUUACUAAAUCGGGCAAGAAAUUUAAGGUCCGGGAACGAAAGCGAUAAGGCGAGCGGUUAGUUAUCACAGAUUGGAGAAGACAUAACAGCAUAUGACGCAUUAGAUGCCAGCCCACGGAGCCGGGUUCUCUUCCAUUGAUUUUACAGACGGCGUUCAG